AUAAUCGCUAAGCAAAAUCAUGACCAUGCGCUAAAGGCAAGGCUGAGAUUAGCCUCGUUUCUUACCCCUCUUCUCCCGGCUCGUCUACCUCCUCUUUUUCUCUUCUCUCGAACCAAGCCAGCUUGAUAUCUUUCCCUGUCAAACCCCAGUGAAAACCUGCACAUCGCAAUAUUUUCUUCUUGAUCUUUGGUAUACUACAUUACUUGAUACAUUAUGGCAAGCAACGUCUCUCUAUCACGUGAUGAUUAUACUGUCGGAUGGAUCUGCGCCUUGCCGCUAGAAAUGGCCGCUGCAAAAGUGAUGCUCGACGAGAUUCAUGACGACUUACCUAUGCAACCUACGGAUGACAACGCCUAUCUUCUUGGACGGAUCGGGAAACAUAACGUUGUGAUUGCGUGUCUACCAAGUGGUGUUUACGGAAUGACAUCCGCUGCUACAGUAGCGGCGCAAUUAUCAUCUAGCUUUCCGUCAAUUCGCUUUGGUCUUAUGGUUGGUAUUGGGGGAGGAGUGCCUAAGGAAGGCGUAGAUAUCCGACUUGGUGAUAUUGUGGUUAGUGAGCCAACAAGCAUUUAUGGAGGAGUGGUGCAUUACGACCACGGUAAAGCAUUGACUGGGGGCGAAUUCGAAAGGAGAGGCAUGCUCAAUCAUCCGCCUCGCUGUCUUUUAACAGCGCUUUCUAAACUCAAAUCACAUCAUUUGACCGAGGAAAGUCAAGUCCCAGCUUUCCUUGCCAAAAUCAUGCAGAAGCUAUCUUCGAAAAACGCUACGAGAUUCUCUCGGCCUGUCCAAGAAGAUCGUCUCUUCCAAAGUGAUUAUAACCAUACUAAUAUUGCGACCAAAUCCUGUGAUACUUGUGAUACAACUAAAGUCGUACUGAGACGCCCCAGAGAAGACAAUGAUCCUGUCAUUCAUUAUGGACUGAUUGCGUCCGGAAGUCAUUUGUUGACAGACAGUCAUUUGAGAGACAAGCUUGGCCAUGGUCUGGAUGUUCGCUGCGUAGAGAUGGAAGCAGCAGGACUCAUGAAUGCCAAUACAGCUCUUGUCAUACGUGGAAUAUGCGACUAUGCAGAUUCACAUAAGAAUGAUGUAUGGCAGGGAUACGCUGCUGUCGCUGCCGCGGCUUAUGCGAAAGAAUUAUUGCUCAUGGUGUCUGUGGAGGGGAGCAUGAAGGCAACUGCUAUGGCAAACAACCCAUCUCCACCUAUAGUGGGUAGUCUUAUCUCGCGUACCUUCAAAAUAACUAACUAUUCCAUUACAGAAAUUCAUUCGAGACAUUGGCUACCGCUCUUUAGACCGGAGUAAUGAUGCUCAUUUGGGUUCAAUUACUAGCUCAGAGUCAGACUACGGCGAUCAGCAGUGGGACAACGUGAUCCAAGCUAGAGCGCGGGAUAAUGUGUGUUAUAACUGUGGUCGAUACGGUCACUUUGAAGAGGAAUGUUACAUUGACUGCGGGCGAUGUACAAUACCCCGACCUUCUGCUCAGGACUUGACUCACAUUCCAUAGGUGGAGAUAGAGAUCAUACCCAGAACGAUUGUCCCAACCCUGUGACGUGUUAUAAAUGUUAGGAUCUCUAUAACCAAUGAAUUUUGCGUGUGAUUUUAGCUAAUCAAGU